UCUCCCCAAUCUCAUCACGUCUCGUUUCAUCCCUACGAUCCGACGAAGGAAUCCGUGGCCUUUCUGCGUUGCAUCUCUCUCCCUCCAUUGCCCUUUUCUCCUCCCGUCACCGAUUCUGAUCUCUCUCGUCACCACUGCCAGAAGUUCAAUUUAAUCGAAGUUAUCGAAAAGAUCGGGGUUACUGCUGUCUGCCGUUUCUUUGAUCCCGGGAGUCUCCGAGUUCAUCUUGUAGGUACAUUCCAUCUGUUCAACAAAGCAUACAUUUAGCAGCAGACAAGGGAAGACUUCAUCAAUCAAUUAUACCUGAAAAUUUAAAGGCGAAUGGGUUCGGAAGGGCCAUCAGUUGUAACUGUUCAUGUGACUGGAUUUAAGAAGUUCCAUGGGGUGUCUGAGAAUCCAACAGAGAUAAUUGUCAGAAACCUGAAGGGGUUCAUGCAAAAGAAAGGAUUGCCUGAAGGUCUUGUUCUUGGAAGCUGCAAUGUUCUUGAGACAGCUGGAGAGGGGGCAGUUCCUCAACUUUAUGAAGUAUUGCAGCUUGCUGUGACUGGGCAAAACAAAGAAACUUCAGAAAGGGGGCAAAUCAUUUGGCUGCAUCUUGGAGUAAAUAGUGGUGCUACAAGGUUUGCUAUCGAGAAUCAAGCAGUCAAUGAGGCUACAUUUCGUUGUCCAGAUGAAAUGGGAUGGAAGCCUCAGAGAGCCCCAGUUGUAACUUCUGAUGGAAGCAUCUCACGUGUUCGAGAGACUUCUCUUCCUGUCAGUGAAAUUGUUAAGGGCUUAUCAAAGAUGGGGUAUGAUGUAAUGCCUUCCGAUGAUGCUGGUCGGUUCGUUUGCAACUUUGUAUACUAUCAUUCUCUUCGGUUUGCAGAACACAACAGAAUCAAAUCUCUCUUUGUGCAUGUCCCCCUGUUCCUGACGAUCGAUGAGGAAACCCAAAUGGAGUUUGUUGCUUCCCUCUUGAAAGUGCUUGCUUCACCGCACUAGUACUCACCUUCCUCAAGUCAGGUCCCCGAAUAGAGCAGCUCUCCUGUUUGGACCUGUUGGCAUGUUAUCACGUUCAAAACCAUGCAUGUCGUGAAUUAUAUUGAACUUAUCGCAUCCUCGCCUUGCUGAGGAUAUGAAGUCGAUGUAAUGCAGUUGGAAGAGAUGGUUGGUGUAGUUAUCUGAGUUCAAGUAUGUGCAGAAAGCCGGUGGAUGAAAUUGAUCUAUGCUUCAUGGGUGUCAUUGGAUUUUGAUAGUAAGACCAUAUGCAAUUAAGUCUCCAAGGUGUCCUUGUGGUGUUGUAUGACAUUGCAUAUGUGUAUGAACUGGUAUAAAGUUUGUGUCUCCAACUUGCUUCCAAUUUGCAUGUAGCCUUUGCAUCUCCUUCA